UGGCCCUACCCGCACCGCGUGAUCAUCCUGCGGGCCAUGGAGACGGUGGUGAGCGCCAGCCUGGCGCGCCUGGACAAGGGCACGGCCAAGCUCGUCAUCUUCCUGGCAUCCCACGAGAUGACCAAGUCCAAGGACGUCGUCCCCGAGUGGCAGCAGGCGGGCCGACGUGUCAUGGAGGAGGUGCUCACCAAGUUCCAGCCAGGUGUCCUGCCCCACUACUUCGUCGUGCAGACGUUUGCUGACCUCGCUGUGGCCAACGUGUUCGGAAUGGUGCCUUUCCUCAACUCCAUCCUCGGGACCAUGCUGCCCAUGCUGGGCAUGGCCAAGCAGGACCCCAUGAAGGCUGUGUUCUGCUACGCUCUGCAGCACUUCAGCGAGAGCAUCCAGGAGUACCUGGCCAACUUGGACAAGGCGCCGGACCCCACGGUCAGGAAGGACACGUUCUCCAACGAGAUCUUCUGCGCCUACGAGGUGCUCUUCAACAGCUGGCUGCAGCACCGCGAGGCCAAGCUGAGGCUGGCCGUGGUGGAGGCCAUCGGGCCCAUGAGUUACUUGAUGCCCAGUGAGAAGCUGGAGGAGCAGCUGCCCAAGCUGAUCCCAGGCAUCCUUGGCCUCUACAAGAAGCACGCAGAGGCCUUCUCCAUAUCCAAGAGCCUGUGCCAGAUCCUGGAAGCCUCCGUGGGCAUCGGCAGGCAGUCCGCGCUGCGGGGCACCCUGCACCCACAGAUCUGCGCUCCGGCGGACCCGGCUGUCCCCCUGACCGUCAAGAACCACACGGAGGUUCUCCGGUGCUUCACGGUGCUCGCUUGUUCCUUCCCCGACCGCGUGCUGGCCUUCCUGCUCCCCAAGCUGGAGAGCAGCAGCGAGAGGACGCGCGUGGGGACGCUGCUCAUCAUGCGGCAGAUCAUCAACAGCGCCGCCUCCCAAAUGGAGGUCAAGAAGCCUGUCAUCCUCUCCUCCAUGAAGCUUCCUCUGCAGGACAGCAACGCCAGGCUGCUGCAGUUUGUGACCCCCGUGCAGUUCACCAGCGCCCUGGCUCCCCUCUGCAAGAGCCUCAUGCACCUGGCCCUGAAGAAGCAAGAGGAGGGAGAAAGCGCCUCCCUCAUCCGCUACGACCUCAACGCAAAUCUUCCUUCUCCCUAUGCUCUAACUACGAGGCUGCUGGUAAGUGGCCUGGUGUGGGUCCUAGGAGGCGGCCGCGGGGCAGCCGCCCUGCGCCUGCUGCAUGUCCUACACUCCAGUGUCCACCCCGCGCUCGACCAGCUGUGGAGCAAGAAGCUUCCUCCCUUGGUGGAGCACCUCGAAGAGAACACGGAGAAAUCCCUGUGCCAGAAGGAAUGGGAGGAGAAGCUGCUCCUGUUCCUGCGGGAGACGCUGGCAGCGGUGUCCGAUAACGCAUGGAUCUGCCAGCUGAGUUCGGAGAUGUGCAAGCAGCUGAGCAGCUACAGCGGCUGCGCGCUGGAGAAGAACUUCCUCUACAAGUGCAUCGGGACAACGCUCGGGGCGUGCAUAAGCAAGGACCUCGUGCAAAAGCAGCUCCAGGAGCUCCUGGAAACGGCCAGGUACCACGAGGAGGCAGAGCGAGAGGGACUCGCUUCCUGCUUUGGGAUAUGUGCAAUAAAUCACCUGGAGGAAACCCUUGCCAAGCUGGAAGACUUUGUUAGGUCUGAUAUCUUCAAGAAAUCGGUGGGGCUGUUCAGUAUCUUCAAGGACCGCAGCGACAGCGAGGUGGAGAAGAUCAAGAGCACGCUGAUCCUGUGCUACGGCUACGUCGCUGCGCACGCGCCCAAGGAGCUCGUGCUCGCCAGGAUCGAGGCGGACAUCCUCAGGAACGUCUUCCAGUACUUCAACACCAAGGUUCUGGGAAUAAAGGUAGAAACCAAGGACCUCACCCUCAAGCUGUGCCUCAUCCGGAGCAUCUGCAUGAUCAGCAAGGCCAUCUGCAGCGGCGGGAAGUGCGGGGAUUUCAUCUUCUCCCGCAAAGCGGAGCUCGUGGCCCAGAUGGUGGUAAGAGCGGAGGUGGCUCUGCCUUGUCGCCUGCCGGAGUCCCGCGAGCUGAGCAGGGGCUCGGGGAGGGAGGCCUCCCCCUCCAGCCUCCCCGGGAAGCAGUGCGGGGCUUGCGUGGCCCUCAUCCAAGCUCCUCCUCGGCAGGCGCUCUAUGGGGACACCGUCAGCGCGCUCAAGGACCUGCUCAAGAGCCUCCUGCGGAAGAACCUGACCCCCCACGGGCUGCAGGACAUGUUUGCGCACCUGGGGCCCUGGAUCAAAUCUAGCAAGGAGCGGGCGCGCCGGGGAGCCGUGGAGGUCAGCGCUGCCUUGCUGGACUUCUACCUGGGCAAGCUGAAAGUCAGCACCGUCGUGCCCUUCUACAACCUGGGUGUGCUCGUGGCGCUGUUCUCCCCGCGCUGCUCCGACUCCCUGGCCAGCGUGCGCCAGGACGCCGUCGACUGCGUCUACUGCCUGCUCUACAUCCAGCUGUGCUACGAAGGGUUCGCCCGGGAUCACCGGGAUGACAUGGUGGAGGGGCUGAAAGCUCUGAAGAAAGGCCUGGAGGAGCCCGACUUCACCGUUCUCUUCCACACCUGCAACAACAUUGCCAUGGUGAUCGGCAAGCGCGUGCCCCCCGAGCAGCUUAUGAGCCUGCUGCUGGCCAUGUUCGACGGGCUGGCCGACCCCGACAAGAACUGCUCGCGCGCGGCCACCGUCAUGAUCAACGCGCUGCUCAAGGAGCGCGGCGGCGUCCUGCAGGAGAAGGUGCCCGACAUCAUGAGCAUCAUCCACAGCAAGCUGCAGGAGGUGGACGAGGAGCACGUGCGCAAGGCGGCCCAGCAGACCGUCUACAUCCUGGCCUCGCAGCACAAGAGCGUGGUGGUGGGCAGCCUGCUGGGCAGCUCGCUGCCCUUCGACAGUUUCAUCCCUCCCGAGGAGGGCAGGCUUGGGAACCAUGGCAGGGUCAAGGAGGGGGAGCGGCUGGGAGCGGGGGCCCACGCCGCUGCCGCUGGCG